UUUCCGCUUCUUCAGAAGAGCGCAGAGGAGCUUAUUAGGAUGGGAUUGCACCCCAGUGAGAUCAUCAGUGGAUAUACUAAAGCCAUUGGCAAGACAAUUGAGGUGUUGGGGGAGCUUGUGGAGGAAGGUUCUGAAACUAUGGAUGUUCGGGUUAAAGAGCAAGUUGUUACACGAAUGAAAGCUGCUGUUGCUAGUAAACAACACGGACAGGAAGAUAUAUUAUGUUCUCUCAUAGCCGAUGCAUGCAUCCAAGUCUGUCCCAAGAACCCUGCAAACUUUGAUGUUGAUAAUGUCCGUGUCACAAAGCUUGUCGGAGGAGGUCUGCAUAAUUGUACAAUUGUUCGUGGGAUGGUUUUAAAAGGUGAUGCCUUGGGAAGUAUAAAGCAUACGGAGAAGGCAAAGGUGGCUGUGUUUGCCAGUGGUGUUGAUUCAUCUGCCACUGAAACAAAAGGAACUGUAUUGAUUCACUCUGCCGAGCAGUUAGAGAAUUAUUCUAAAACUGAAGAAGCUAAGGUUGAGGAGCUAAUCAAAGCAGUUGCCGAGUCUGGUGCCAAAGUUAUCGUCAGUGGAGGACCUGUUGGUGAAAUGGCAUUGCAUUUCUGUGAACGUUACAAGUUAAUGGUCUUGAAAAUCAGCUCAAAAUUUGAACUGAGGCGUUUUUGUCGCACAACAGGAACUUCUGCUCUUUUGAAACUCAGCCAACCAAAGGCUGAUGAUUUGGGAUUUAUCGAUUCAAUUUCAGUUGAGGAAAUUGGUGGUUCUCGGGUCACUGCUGUCAGAAGCGAAGAAGGUGGGAACAAGAUUGCCACUGUGGUGCUGAGAGGAAGUACUGAUAGUAUAUUGGAUGAUCUUGAAAGAGCUGUUGACGAUGGAGUGAAUACAUAUAAGGCAAUGUGCAGGGACAGUCGCAUGGUACCUGGAGCUGCAGCUACUGAAAUUGAGUUGGCUAGAAGAUUGAAAGAGUUCUCCUUCAAGGAAACAGGAUUGGAUCAAUAUGCCAUUGCUAAGUUUGCUGAAAGUUUUGAAAUGGUACCUCGAACACUGGCAGAAAAUGCUGGACUUAAUCCAAUGGAUAUAAUAUCUAAGCUGUACGAAAAACAUGCAUCUGGAAAUAUCAAAGUGGGCAUCGACUUGGGGGGAGGUGACUCCGAGGAUGGGGUUUGCAAGGAUGUGUCAUCCCAGAAUAUUUGGGAUCUUUAUGUCACUAAGUUUUUUGCUCUCAAAUAUGCUGCCGAUGCUGCAUGCACUGUACUACGAGUAGAUCAGAUUAUAAUGGCAAAACCAGCUGGAGGUCCAGGAAGGAGAGAACAGCCUGCAGGAAUGGAUGAGGACUAAGUUAAGUCUGUCACCGGCCAGCAUCAUCUAUUAGGUUUCUCUUGUAUCUCACCGAUGCUGACUUUGGACUCUUAGGCAUCUUUUGAGAUUCUACAAACACGUUGAAACGAAGUUUUGCGUUUGUUUUGGAAAUUUCCGUUCUGUCUUUAUCAAUUCUGUAAUUUUUCCAUCAGUAAAUUUGAUGAAUGUUGCCACCUUUGGUCAUUGACGUUUAACGCUUUGUUAGAUCCUAGUUCUCAUCUUAAUUCCGUCAUUUACUUGAGAUGUUUCA